CUGUUUACAUCUGAGAGAAACAUGAGUGUGAGUGUGAGUGUGAGCAGUUCAGUGUAGUGGAGCCUCAGUGUCCAUACACCUACAUACACUCUCCUACACUCACACAUACACACACUCACACUUAGACAUGUAGAAUCUCUGUUAGUACCACCCACAUACACAGACACACACUCUCUCACACACACAGGAAACAGAAGCAUGGAUCACAGAUUAGGAGCCGGUUUGUACCCUGACAGCCCUCCCAGCCGACCCCGAGAUGUGCUGGUUAAAUCAGCAUCAGCAUAUGCGGAUAUCCAGUGGGAACAGCCUCAUCAGCCUGACAGUCCCUGCAGUGACCCGCUCCGAUGCCCACGCAGGAACAUCCUCCCUGUAGCCAGCUACGCCCCCACGCCUGAUUAUGUACAAUCAGAUGACGAUCUCAUCAAGCCCAAAAAGCUGAUUAAUCCAGUAAAGGCCUCGAAAAGCCAUCAGGAGCUCCACAGAGAGCUGCUCAUGAACCAAAAACGGGGUGUGGAGAGUAAACCAGAGCUCCAGCGUGUGUUAGAGCGGAGGAAAAGAGAUCAGAUGAUCAAGCAAAAGAAAGAGGAGGAGGAGGCCAGAAAAAAGAUCUCACCUCUGGAGCAGGAACUCCUCAAGAGACACAAACAGCUGGAGGAGCUGGAGCAGGAGCAUCAGGAGGAGCUUUCUCACAGCGCCCCGGAGUUCAUCAAGGUCAAGGAGAACCUACGGAGAACGUCGCUCAUGAGCACCGGCGAGAAAGAAGUGUAGAGAGGAGAACUGGCUUGAUUUUUCUUCGCCCUUGUGUCUGUUUCUGUCUCAUACAAAUACGAUCCUGUUGGGACAAAACCAGUGUCUCUGGGAGUCUCCUGAAAUAUGAAAGACGGACAAAAGACUGAGCUCUGAGACUUUUGAAAACAUGGACACACCAGUCCUUUUCAAAAAGGAGAUGAUAGUUUGAGACCGAUUUUUUGGUUGAAUUAUGAAGUUGUAAACAUGGACGGUGGUUAAUAUCUGGGUCUAGGCCUUCGUAGAAAGGCAAAAGCCUUCAAUUAAGUUCUAACUGCAGAUCAUUAUAUAAUAAAAUCAGUAUUAAUAGAUAUCACUGGUUUCCCAACCGCCAAAUGAGCAAUCAAAGGUUAAAACUGUGUAUUUCUGUUAUAGAAAUCAGCACAAGUCACUUUUAAGUGGAACCAAUGAUGCAUUUAUUAUUUUAGAUGUAAAAAUAACAUACAGGGCUAUAAAAAUAUUCAUCCCCAAUUCAGUAUGAAUUUCUCACAUAAUUAUUUGUCACAGAACAAAAAAUGGAACUAUUUAUGCAGCAGGUAAUUUAUUAGGUUCAUCUUUUGCUUACUCUGUACACUUUGACACCUGCCGGUAUCCCAUUUAUCAAUCUAGAGGGACCAACACAUGAACCCCAGUGGGCUACAGUCAAUAACUGUAUAGGCACAAAGUUUAAACCAAUGAAUGUAUGUGCCUAGUUUGGCGUAUCAGUACAUCUCUGUAUAAAAAAUAUAAUAAAUAACAAGUAUUUACCCCCUUAUUUAAAACACAGACUUUAUCCAAAAGACUGUGGACACCUAAGAAUGAGCUGGUUAUAACUCACAUUCCAAAAGUAUGAGCAUUCAUCAUUAAGCCCCAACCAACACGUAUGUCUGAAUUUGUGCCUAUUCAGUCAUAAGUCAGGCACUGAUACGAGAUAUAAUGUCUGGCUCACAGGUGACAUUCCAGUUCAUCCCAGUUUCAGUCAGGUGUUCAUUUAGUCAGGGCUCUGUACAUGCCACUGGGUUUCCUUCACACCAAACCCAUCAAACCACGUCUUUUAUAAACCUGGCCACAGUCAUGCUGGGACAGGAAACAGCCCUGACUUACCUGUUAUAGUGGAAAUUGUAAUACACAACAUAAUGGAUUUUAUACACAAAGUUGUGCCUAUAAUUAGAAAGGGUGUCCACAUACGUUUUGCUAUAGAGCAGGGGUGUCCAAACUUUUCUUGUUGGUGGCCAGAUGGCGUAAAAAAUGCAAACACAGGACCACAGACUCUUCUGUAAUAAAACAAGAAAAUAUAGCAGACCUACCUGAUUACUAACAACUCCACUUCCUUUUAAUUUGAUUGCAUAAAGAUCUAUCUUAAACAGUGUUGUGUAAACUAAGAUUUUGCUGAUUUCACUCACCAGUUUAUAAUCCGAAUGGGAAGAUUAUUAUGCUUCUUUAAAUGAAACGUACCCACUUCCCUCUGAACUAAGUGAAAAAAUAUUCAUCUGCGUUCACCAUCUAGUUUUCAUUUCUCCUGAGCCGCCGUGUUUAUUCAAAAACUCUGGAACAUUAAUGUAGGUGUAACGUUAAUGUUUCGAGUCGGGGAAAGAAGACGGGGAGGUUUUAGAUUUGUUUUAUGCAAUAGCGACACCCAGAGAUCAACCUGCUCAAUAGCAGCACAACUUUGAAUUUUAUUUCUGAAAUAAACAGUAACGGCUCACAAAUGGGCCUGAGUUUGGACACCCCUGCUGUACGGUGUUGAACCAUUUUUUUCCCUUCACAAAAUUCAUACCAAUUUUAAGGUCUCACCACAAGAAAAGUGGAAAUCGCCUUAAUACUUUGAUACUUGACUGAAGCAGUAAAACUCACUUUUUUGACAGACAGGUUUGAAUGUGUGUUGUAUGAUAGUUCUAAAUCUUUCCUGUGCCUUUGUGAGAGCUUAUGAGGGCGGACUGGACCGCCUGACUGUUACUGCAUUACAAUCAAUAUGGCGCAAAGUGUUCUGAGCGUCAGCUUGUCGGUGUCAGACGUGUGUUAAUACUGUAUCAAAUAUAACAGCAUGAUGAGAAAAGUUCUACUGUUAAACGUAAAAUACUUCAUUUAUUUAAGCACACAAAAGUGUUUGGAUGUUCAUAUAUGGCUUUGAUGAUCAGUAAAGCCAAUAAUUAACCAUCAAUAUUAAAUUAUCAAUAGUUCUGUAUUGUUUAAUACUGUUUUGAUGCACUAACACUCUGCUCUUACUUUUUUUGUAGUAUUUUUUAGUUCCAUAACUCAUGUACAGUACGUUUAAAUCAUGACAGACUGAUUGUUAGAAACAAGAGGCACAUAGACUGAACCCCUGUGUAAAAUAAGUAUUACUACUUUAUAUAAUAAAAACUGGGACUAAAACUAAAA